GUUCCAGCUUCCAACUUUCAAGGUAGAAAGAAUUCUCAUGUCGUGGCUGCUGAAGAGACAUCCUUUCAUAGUGCAAUGCCUUGAAAACUUGGAUUUUUCAUGAGCUCACCGUUUACUACACCUCAUCCGCUCAUCGUCCCCUAAACGUGGGACUCAAAUAGAAGUGCACUGGUCUCCACACAGAGGCGGCAAAUCACAAGUUGCCACGCCUCUACGAUUUCAUACGGCCAAUCUCAUUCGAACACAGCCACUUCUCUCUUCCUUCUCAUUAUUCAUCUUUCGAGGAUCUGCAAUUCUCACUACUUUUUCCUGUUCCCUCAAUUCGCAUUGCUCUCUCCUUUCUCUCUUUAGCCAUGGCGGACUCAAUUCAGUCGCCUACAUCUUCUUCAUUGCCGUCUGCAUCCAGAGACACCAGCACUCUCAUUCGUCCAAGGCGCGAGCCCUUCGAGCAUGGCCUCUUACCCCUGCCAAAGCUCAUAUUCUCCGAUCCUACGCAAACCCUAAUCCCCUUGAAGCAGAAGCUCCUUGAGUUAUCCUCUAAUCAAAGGGUCAAUUCAGCGGCCAUUUCCGAGGCUUUACAGAUCUCCCUUGAACAUGCAAGACUCGUUCUUGAUACUCUCGCCUCGGUUCUACACUACGAGUCCGAACCUCUAGCUACGGCCAAGCCGGAAGAAAUUGACUCCUUUGGUGCUGAUGUCUAUGAUCUGGUUUUGUUCUUGUACAUUCAAUCUUACAAGAAGCUCCUGCCUAGGACGCACAAGGACUCUGCCGCCGUGGCUGACGUUUGGCCCUCCACUUCGGCCUUUGAUGGUUAUCUCUCUGCUCUCUCGCCCUUGCAGCUAGUGCGCAGCAACAGUCGGCGGUUUAUGCCAUCACAGGCUGAUGAGGAGGCUCAUCAAUUAUCAUAUUUGCAAAAGCACAUGGCUAACAUUCUAUCUCUUCUAUCAGAGCCUGUGGUGGGGGAUGACGAAGAAUCUUUGGUCUUAACUAUGGAUAGAUUUGAGCACCUUGGCUUUCUUAUUCAGUUUGGUGAUAAGGGAUUUGAUGGAAAUUCAUUGAGUCAAGCAUCUCCUUUCUUCGCGAACUCUGAUCCUAACAUGCCUGCUGUUCCUGUUCCUGCUGCGCAAGUUCAUGAUUGGCUUGCUCAAAGCAUAGCUUCUGCUUUGGAGCAUAUCUCUGAACCGGUUUCUUCAAAGGAAAAUGGGCCAGGCAAUGCGUCUGAUCAAGACAUUGUUAUGGUGGAGGCAUGCACUAACUCAGUUAAUGUCCCGGCAAGCACUAGAAGCCCAUAUUUCAUUGAAGGGAUCUCUAAAUCUUCAUAUGUGAAGCUUUCGUCUGACAUCAAAGGUUCCUCUGUUAAGGUUCUAAACUGUCAUGAGUCUACCAUCUACAUCUUAGCACCCCUGAGAUAUGCUACUGUCUAUGGAUGUUCUGAUGCUACUAUAGUUCUAGGAGCAGUUGGCAAGGCUGUAAGAGUUGAACACUGUGAACGAGUUCAUGUAAUUGUGGCAGCAAAACAUAUUUGUAUUGCUAACUGCCGUGAGUGUGUUUUCUUUCUGGGAGUGAACCAGCAACCUCUCAUUGUUGGUGAUAACCAUAAACUGCAGGUGGCACCAUAUAAUACAUUUUACUCCCAGCUGGAGGAGCACAUGACUGAAGUUGGGAUUGUACCCACAGUAAACAGAUGGGACGAACCUCUAGCAUUGGGCAUGGUCGAUCCUCAUGAUUCAUUAUCUCAUCCGGCGGGUGUCUCUGAUGUCCAAGCUGGGUCUGCUGUACGGGUGGAUCCUGAUCAAUUCACAAAUUUUAUGAUCCCGAACUGGCUUGGGGGCGAACAUACUGGAUCUACAAACGACAAUCCAUUCAAACUACCAGAGGCCUACAUUGCAUCACAGCAUAGAAAUCAAAAGAAUUUGGAGGAGAUAAAACAACUCUUGCGGGAAGCGCCCUUGGAAGAAAGUCGAAAACGGGAAUUGUCAUCUGCACUUCAUGUAUACUUCAAGGACUGGUUAUACGGUCCGGCUCAGGAACUAGUAGAGAAGCUAUUUUUUGAGAUAAUAGCCAAGGCAUUAAGGCUUGUCAGAGUUCUUCGUAAUAUGGUUGAAAGUAUGUGGAUUCAUACACACCUUAUUCAAGAUAUGAUCUCCAUUUGCCAGAACACAUUCAAAGGCUAUGUACAUGAUCCACGGGCAAUUGUUCCAAAGUACCCAGGGCAAUCACAUAUUUCAAAUUGUUGAUAGGCUGGUAUUUUUUAUUACCUUCACACACUUUUCUUGUCAUGUUUGGCUACGUCACUCUAAUUUUCUUGGGCUAUGUGUUACUCUUGUGAUGAUUUUAGGGUUCUUCUAGUUGAUAUUGAGGUAGUGGUGGAUAAAGAGAAUUGAAUUUU